AUUUUAUUCAUUUGUUAAUUGCUUAUUUAUGAAAAGGUAUAUUGUGUAUAUGUACCAAUACAAGGUCCGACUCAAGUUCAUCAGAUAGAUCCUCCAAGUAAAAAUUAUUUUAAUUCAUUAGGAAAAAAGCCAAAAGAGAUCAUAGAAAGAAUUCAAGCUCAUCAAGUAGUUCCAGAAGUAUUUUUCUGGGUUUAUAUAUUAGGAGAUAGGAAAAAGAAGUAGAAAAAAGAGAAAAAAGAUAAGAAGGAAAAGAUAGCAUAAAGUAAUUCAAACUUUGUGAAUUUAGAUAUUGUAGCAUCAUAAAAGUUGUAUAUAAUAGUUAUAAUAUAGAACUUAAAGAUCAAAAUCAAAAUCAAAAUCAAAAUCAAAGUCUAAUUCAAAAUCAAAACCAAAGGAUGAUCCAAACAUAAUUAAAAAAGGAA